AUAUGUUUUUUUAACAAAAAGAAGUUACCAAAAAAGGAAUUUGUGGACGGAUAACAGCAGUAAGGAGAGACGUAGGACGGAGAACGGCGACGGACUGAAGAACUCCGACAAGGAUCCGGCGAUAGCGGGCGAGGAAACCAUUACCGAUCAGAAGGGUUCACAAAAUCCAAAAAGUCCAGCCUCAAUGGGUCUUCUAGGUUUAGGAGAAGAAAUAUUCACAAAAAAGCAAAGGAUAAUUUGCACUUAGAGGUGUAUGAAGCUGUUCUUAGCAAUAGAGGCAGGUCUGGAGAAAUCUUAAUUGUGGCACAUUUAGUGCUAUUAAUACAUAAUCUCAGUGGUGAUUAUAGGUGCAUGGUUGAAGAACAUGUUAUGGAUGCACCAUACUAUCUUGGAUAGGUUUUGAUAUUGACAAACCGUCAGAAACAUGGAACAAAAUGAAAAGAUUCAAAGAGAUAGAAAAAGUUCUUUGAAGAAACAAAAAGCAAAAGAAAGGCAUUGAUGUUGCUAAAGAUGGCGACAUUGGCGCUUUGAAGAUGUUUUCUAAAGACUUAGACCCGGUCUAGUAUAGUUUGACCGGCCAAGUAAUUUACACCAUCAUUUUUGGCGCCACCCGUGGGACCGUUAAGGUUUCUUCUUCUAAACACAAACCUACCCACCAAAACACCACUCGAAAUGUCUUCCAGCCAACAAAUCAACGCUACUUCCGCUCAGGUGCAGGCCACCAACGAGGGAGCCAGCAUCCCUGUGGCUGCUACCAUACCGGUCAUUUCAGCCCCGGUGUUGCCUCUGGGUCUGAGCUCUGUCCCGACGGCCUGCGUGAUCAGUCCCUUCGUGACCCCCGUCCCUUCCGCUGGACCGAGGGUAACGUUCCCACCAAGCAUGACUCAGUUCAUGAAUGACCCAGCCAACCUACAAGCCAUCCAGGGCUUUGGCCAGGUCAUGGCCAUGUGCCAACAGAACGGGGGGAUGCCUUUCCUCCCUGGUAUGUUCCCAUUCGCCCUUCCAGGCACGGGGACCAUGCCCCUACAAGCUCCGAUGGCGGUGACGUCGUUCCAGACGCCGAUGCCGCAACCAUCACCUUUCCAGCCCCAGCUGGUCAGCACCAUGGCCCCUGUCAACUUGGCCGGUGCACUUAACGCUGCAGGGCCGUCGCGUCCCCCGCAAGCUACGGAUCGCAGAUCACUCCUGAUGGUCAUUGCGUCUCAAUUGAGAGCGAUGACGGCGAGUGGGACAUCCCGAGGGCCCACAAGAAGAAGAAAGGAAAAAACAUCCGGCCAGCGACCUCCCGAAACUCCGCCUUCGAAAGGCUGGGGGAUAGGGAGGAAGGCCAGAGGAAGUCAGCCAAGCAGAGACUGGGGCAGAGCGUUGCCCAUGUCAGCGCAUUCGCCCGGUUAGGCGAGCGGCUCUGAUCAGACAAGCGCGGAAGUAAGACUGCAUCGUCGAGCCCGGGAUCGUCCAGAGACCGGUGGAUGAAGAACAAGACGGCGGCAAGCCCCAGCGACCGGCUCCUAAGGUUUAGGACAUCGUCGGUGAUUCCGCGUUUCAGAGUCAGUCCAUCACAAUUCACACAGAUGAUAAUUGAAGCGAAAUUCAUUACAAAUGCUAUCUCAAAGGAGGAGUUGCACGUCCAAAAUUAGUUCCCAGGAUGUUCAGUUUUGGUAAAAGACUAUGAAAAUGUGAAGCUGCGGUGGCCAAAAGCCCAAGAUGUUUGUUUUGAAAAAUGGAAAAGGCAUGCUAAUGGAGCUACGUAGCUGCGAAUUGAAGAUCCAUCCAUCUUGAGAGAGUUGCUUUCACAACAGGUUGUUCAACUAGUUUGAUCUGUUUCUUUAAUUUCUUUUAUCUCUCUUCAGACUGAUGUUUUGACUAUCCAACAAUUAUGAAACCCAUUUCGGCUUCGCUAACCAUGGUCAAGAGUGCGGUGGCUCAGGGCGCCGUGUGUCUUGAUGGAAGCCCCUCGCUUAUCAUUUGGUUGCCAGAAAAGGUGGUGGCGCUAAAAACUGGAUUGUUUACUUCCAAGGAGGAGGGUGAUGCAUCCACAACAUCAUGCAUCAAACAUGAGAUCACUCUAUUAGGAAUUGUUCCGACCGCGCCGCCACCAAGGCCGUACAUCCAUCCACAUGAGACCUCUGAAUUUUACAUACAUAUAUAUUUUCUCCUCACGCAAAUGAAACUUAUUGCUAUAACUAGAAUAGAGUGGCAGUAAGGUAUUGUGAAGGUAGUCCUUUGUGGGGAAUGCUCAAAACCCAGACCUUGUCACUCAUCUCCAUUAUAGAGAGGCGAAAAUCUUUCAAGAUGUCGUCAAAGAGUUGAUGACACGAGGGAUGAAAGAUGCUCGAAAUGUUCCUCUAGCUGAGAUCGUCUAGGGGCUUAGAGUCAUCAU